UGAUACAAAAUUUAGUUCCUAAAAUUGGGGUCUGGAUGGCGAGAUCGAGGAGGGAGUAUAUUUAUUUAUGAUUAAAUUGUGUUUAAUUAAAUAGUUUUAGUUUUGAUUCGAAUAUCAAUGUCUGUAAUAAAAUUAUAUAUCGACCGCGAGAGUGUCCUUAUAAUGAGUGACAAGAAGUGACGAAAGGAGAGCAUAAGUUUCAAUGGCCAACAUGAAUCAGAGUGAUGAUGAAGAACUGAAGCAUCUUGGGUUUGUGAGAAUUGCUGCAAUUCAAGCUUUUGUUUGCAUGUCGAGUUUCUAUUGUUACGCAAAGCAUAACUCAGGUCCUUUGAGAUCUGCUCUUGUAACCGUUGAAGGUACUGUCACUACCGUUCUUGCUCCUUUUUACAACAAAUUCAAGGAUCUCCCUCAACAUCUCCUUCUUUUUCUCGACAACAAGGUUGAUGAAGUUACCAACAAAUUCGAUGAACAUGCUCCUCCUCUUGCGAAGCAAGUAGCAAACCAAGCUAAAGGUUUGAUUGAAGAAGUGACACACAAAGCUGAGAAAGUUGUGAGUGAGGCUCAAUCAGGUGGACCAAGAGCUGCUGUAAAUUAUGUUGCUACAGAGUCUAAACAAAUUGUGCUAACAGGGUCAGUAAAAUUAUGGUCUGGUCUCAACCAUUAUCCAUUAUUUCAUGCAGUGGCAGAGAUGGCUGUUCCAACAGCUGCACAUUGGUCAGAAAAGUAUAACCAUGUUGUUAAGGAUAUUACUGGAAAGGGUUAUGCUGUGUUUGGUUAUUUGCCUUUGAUUCCUGUUGAUGAUAUAGCUAAGGCAUUUAAACAAGGUGAAGCUAAGGUGCGUGCAGGUGAAAAAAUUUCAGUGGAAGAUGUUUCUGACUGAGUACUUGUACUUGCUAGUAUUUGCUUUAUAAAAUAUGCUUUGAGAAAGGUGUAGAGGGUGUGUAGCUAUGAAUGGAAAUGUAAGAAAUUAUGGGAACAGACUAUGUAGCUUAAUAUUAACCAAAGUCUGUGGAACAUAAUGUGAUUAUGUCAAUGGUGAGUUAAAUGGUCAUUGAGCUUGUGUUGUCUU